AUGUUUCAAAAAAGUCUUACCUCUACUUGGAAAGAUUACCAAAGUUUAACAGCUAAUGCAACAGCUAAUGACUUUGCUACAGAAAAUUGUCAACAAUUUCAGGAUAGACCUCUUCCAAAGUUUCCUUUUCUUGCUUUUGAUAAUUUGAUUUUUAUUAUGUUUCAAGCAUUUCAGUUGUACUUUUGCUUCAAUGCGAUAUUUCAUGAACAUAUUAUUCAAAUUUUAACAAUUACUUUACUAAAUUUUUGUUGGGCACUUUAUGGAACUGUACAAGCUGUCGAGGUCAAAAUUUCAUUAGGUGAAUUAGAUGAGCUCUCCAACUGUGUAAACAAACCUACUCUCGUGCCAAACUUUUGGGGAAACGACAUUCCAUGUGUUGUAAUACUUCUCAUUUUUGCUUUUAUCAUGUCUUACCUUUCAUAUAAACUUUAUAAACAAUUUGGUUGGUGGCAAGCUAGAGGACUUUUGACCGGGUUUAUUAUAUUUCACAUGGUCGUUACUAUCAUGGUUCUUAUAUUAGAAAUACUGGCUUAUCGAUUUGUCGCAACAGAACAUAGAGUAGGGAUGAUAGUAUUUUUGGUUUUAUGGCUUGCAGUCAUAGUUGAUUUUGUAUUCGCUAUGCUAUUAUUUGCUUUUGGUGUUAGAGUAGUGAGACACUUUGGUCAAGGAUUAAAAGAAAUUCUUGAUAAAAAUGAAGUUCAACAAGAAGAACCUCCUUCACAAAAUCCCGGAGGUUUGGUACACAUUUGGGAUGAUCUGGAAUUUGAGCCCG